AUGGCAUCUACACCAAUCUCCAACGAAAACAUAGAUUCGAGAGUACUAGCUCCAAUGAAGGUUUCUGGCCCUUCUGGUCUAGGAUCUCAACAGUCGUCCGAGAACGUUUCCACGCCGUUGGAACAACGUUUCGAGGAGAGCCGUGAGCCCAUCAACGACGACUAUGCUUCUCCAGUUUCUGCUACUACCAACGAUCGAGUGGAGGAGGAAUCUGAUGAGGAACGUCGUCGAAGAGAGGAGGAAGAAUCCAUUGAACUUGCUCGUGCACUCAUGGCAGAAGAAGCCAUGGCGGUUUCUUUUCAGAUGUCCAACGAUUACCUUCGCAACAAUCGCGAUCAGUUUUCCGAAGAAGACUUGGCCGCCCUUCAAGCUGCAAUGGAGGAGGACGAAAUUGAGGCACACGAGGCGCAUGGUGUCGUUGAGCAAGACGAUGGGACUCUUUCUUAUGAUUUGAUGCUCCGUCUCGGAGACACUCUUGGCGAUGUCAAGACUGAACGGUGGCAACAAGUGGCUCAGGGGAAGAUCAAUCAGCUUCCUACCUUCAAGUUUGACCCAGCCAAGGUACAUGGUCUAGAUGAAAACGACUGUCGGGUCAAGUGCCUCGUUUGUCAGUUUUCCUACGAAAAGGGAGAGGACCUCCGUAAGAUGCGAUGCAGUCACUGUUUCCACACUGAAUGUGUAGACCAAUGGCUUCAAAGCAAAGAUUGCUGUCCAUACUGCCGAACUGCAAUCACCGAAGAAGAGUCCUCCUAA